UUUAUAAAUUUAAUUAAGUAGAAUUAAAAAAUUUUUGUUUAUUUGUAAAAAAGUAAUGCACUGGUCAAUUGCAGUUGGCAUAUCUCUUCUACUCGCACUGCAAUUUAGUUACAUUUACACACUUAAUGACUUGGAGAUAGAUAGCUUUUGUCCAAAUAAUGAUAAUGUGUGUCUCAACAAUGAUAAACCAUCGUAUUUUUGCAAAAAAAAAUGGGAUGAACCUAAUGCAAGAUGUAGUAAUUUCCAGUUCAUACAUUUAAGUGCUAGUAAUAAGGAAAAGUUUUUAAGUGGACACAAUGGCAUCAGAAACAAGAUUGCUGUAGAUUUUAAUAUUGCAAAUAUGAACAACGUCUACUGGAGUCAAAAGUUGGAACAAAUGGCAGCUUAUUAUGUGCAUGAAUGUCUCAUGCAAAAGGAUGAAUGCAAGCUUCGUAGUGAAUUUUUUCGUUUAAAUCAGAAUUUUAUAUUUCGUAAAAGAAGUUUAGCAGACCAUUGGCCCGUUCGUGCGGUAAGACAUUGGUAUCUAGAAAUUGAAACUGAUUUGGGCUCAUGGGAAGAGUUUUUAAAUGAGCGUAAAAAUCGUAAUAUGGAAAAUUUCACACAAAUGAUUUGGCCACCAUUGGAAUAUAUUGGUUGUAGUGCAGCUAAAAUGUUUGAUGGUUAUUUUAUUCUAUGCAAUUAUUAUCCACCACAUGAUGUAGAAAAUUAUAAGUCAGUAGUCGAGUUUGGAGAACCUUGUUCAAUAUGUACAAAUAGAACCGGAUGCUCACAGAUAUUUGGUGGUCUAUGUGGCAUUGACAUAACCAUUGAAAAAUCAUAUAACCCAAAACCCCAUUUUUAUUUGAUACUAUCAAACAUUUUGACCAUUUAUUUUUUUCAAAUUCUUAAAUAAAUAUAUUUCAUAUUAGU